GCUCCGAGCUGGAUGCUGGCCGACAUAAUUAGCCCAAAUAUGCAGGCGGGCUAAUUCCAUCACACCCGAAGGGCAAAUUUGGCAUGAAGAGGGGAAGUGAGCUAAUUGUCCAAAAAUGGACAGAGGGCGGCUAAUUAUCCCAGUUUCUUGGUUCCCACCAUCAGCGGGAGAGCAAACGACCACCACACAUUGUCGCAUUGGCAUUGGAUCCUCCAAGAACAAUCAUGUCGAAACGCACUCAGCCCUAAACCUCCAACUACCCAUGAUGUAUGGACAUCCAGGUAUAAAGUCAUCGCCAUAUCCAGCAGCGGGCGCUUGCGUUGGCUUUGUGUCGGAUGGUUUUUGGUUUUCUGACUUCGGCGACUUCCAUCGACGACUUCGACGACCCAAGGUGAAAUUCGCAACUCGCACCGAACAGCCGAGACCCCCGACGAUAUCGCCCACUUACAACUCACGAACCGUUAUCAGACCUUCCGAAUUGGACAGGGACCUCCAAAUUCCCCAGCAAUUGAUCCGACCGAAAUGGCCGUCCCGACCAGACAAGGCUGUCCUCCCCUUCCCCCCGCCCGCGACCGUGCCUUCAUCCCGCAAAGUCAAAUUGCGUGCCAAAACCAACCUCCGCGCUGAAGGCGGAUCAUCCGACCAGGGCCCCCGCGGCCGGCCCCCAGUCCAUCUGGAAUCCCCCUGUUCUUCCCGCGUUAUUGGCCAAAGCGUCAUCCGCUCGCGCAGAGAUCCCUGCUACUGACC